GGCGGCGUGAGGGAGGCAGGAUAAAAUCCGCCGCGGCCGCCUCAACCCACACUCGAAGCUCGCUUCUCCAAGUCCCCCCUUCGCCUUGCCAGGGGGCGGAGGGGAGGGGCGAACCCCACGCCAUGGAGAAGGCGGGGCACCAGCUUAUCGGCGGCGGGAGGAAGGGGCCGGCGGCGGCGCCGCCGUUGGGGCUGCGGAAGCAGAACUCGUGGUCGCCCGACAUCGAGCGGGACGAGGCGUGGGAGCGGCGGCGGCGCGGGAUGCACCCCGGGGGCUCGGGCCUGCGGCGCGCGCGGAGCGUCACAGACGACGACCUCGACGAGCUCCGCGGGUGCAUCGAUCUGGGGUUCGGGUUCGAGCCGCCCGCUGGGUGCGCCGCGUGCGGCGCCGGGAGGACCCGCCUCAUGGAGACGCUCCCCGCGCUGGACCUCUACUACGCCGUGCACGGCGGCGGCGGAGCGGAAAGGUGCGCGUGCUCGUGCGGCGCCGCGUCGGAGGCGUCCUCCGAGGAGUCGCCGCUCGGCAGCCCAUUGUCCAUCCUCUCUCCAGGCGACACGCCGGAGACGGUGAAGAUGCGGCUGAAGCAGUGGGCGCAGGUGGUCGCCCUCUCCGUGCUGAACCGCCGCUGAGCCCGGGGCAGGCGUAGGCCGCCACGCCAUCGCCGUGGCUGCCUUGCAUUGGGAUGAGAGAAAAAAAUUCGAGAUGAAGAAGGAAUUAUGAAUCCAUUCCGCAUCGGCAAGAAAGAAGGAAAAAUGAAGAAAAGAAUUCCCCUUAGGGUUUGGUGUGCGCCUUCCACCUUGGCAUAUCCUAUCUAGGAUUGCUUGCUAAUCAACAACUUUCUUUCACCAUGAUGAUGAUAUAGUUCAUCACUAAGACGAAUAUGCCUAAUUACUUUGGUUAAUUUCCUUGCUUCCCCUAAUCCGUAGUCUCACAUCUAUGUAUGUACAUGAUUUCUUCUUCAAGAGGUGGAUUAAGUGCUCUUGCCGAGCUUGUUGAUC